AUGAGUACCAAGCUUUGGGAGUUUUUCAUACAAGAUGAUGUCGAGAGCUUCCAGCGGUUCCUGGCGAACGCGACGUUCGCGGGGCCACGAGCUGUAGGUUCCGGAACACCUGCAGCGGCCAACCUGUCAGCAAAAGGUGCGAGCCCUGGGGCAAUGAUCGCAUCAUCUCCAAACCCACCGAGAAGUAAGAAGAACAUGGGCUCAUCGCCUGGAACACCCGUGUCGGAUAAGUCGCAACGCGGGGCCGUGAACUUGUCGCGCGCCGACGUGAAUGCUCGGGAUCAUUACGGCCGCACACUGCUUCACCAUGUCGCCUCCUCCUUGAAACCCACCGCCGCCAACUUUGCACGUGCUUUAUUGGAAGUUCCGUUCCUUGAUAUUUAUGUGCAGGACUGGGAGAGCGGGUGGACCGCCCUGCAUCGGGCUCUUUAUGCUGGAAAUGCCACAAUUGCCCAGGCGCUCAUGACGCGCGACGUGCAAGACAUGACGGAUUUCAGCAAGGUUGGAAAUGCAAGUCAUCCGAGUGGUGGUCUAAUCAAGAUUAAGGACCGUGAGGGUUUCAGUCCGUUCGACGUCUUUGGAGCAACUAUCACGGCCCGCGAUAUCAAACAGCUGUCCUCUUCCUGGCCAAGGUUGAUGCUUGAUGAUAUGGAAAGCGACGCUGCAUCUAAUGCUGUGUCUAAUUACGGAGAUAAUGGGGAAGAUGAUGCAUAUGCCGCUAAGAGCGUCUUAAAACCUCUUAUGGAUGUCUCUGCCGAUGAAGUAUUCACUCUCGGGAGCAACAAGAAUCUCAAUCUUGGUCUUGGUGAUCAGGAUGACCGACAGUUCCCGGAGCGGAUAUCUUUACAACGCCCUGAGCAUCUUUUGCAUCGGUUCUAUCGCGAACACCUGGAAGAACUGGAGCGUCUUGGGCUUGAAGAUACCGUCCCCGAGAGUAACUCAAAAGGGUUGCCUUCGUUGAUAAGGAACAAGCCGAUGAAAUAUCAAAACAUCGUCAUGUCCAAACUACACACCGCCAUCAUUACGGAUGAUCCCGAAGCUAAUCUGUUCAUGUGCGGCUUCGGUCCAGGUGGACGCCUGGGAACAGGCGAUGAGGCCACUCGGUUUACCUUUGUUUGUAUUGAAAAUGGUGGUUUGGAUGGAAAGAAGGUGGUCUCGGUUGCUCUAGGCCAAGAUCAUACCCUGGCAAUCACAGAGCAUGGUGAAAUCUUCAGCUGGGGCAGCAAUAAGUUUGGACAACUCGGCUAUGGUCUUCCCAGAACCAACAACCGGAAUGACGUCCCUGUGCAGUUGACGCCUCGUCAAAUAUUCAAUCCUUUUAAGAAAGAAACCAUCCUAGGCGCAGCAGCAUCGUCUAUUCACUCGGUGGUAUUUAGUACCUCUGGUCUAUACACAUUUGGCAAGAACGAAGGCCAGCUUGGGUUGGUCGAUUCCGAUGCUCGUUCCCUUGAAGUUCAGACCACACCACGGCGUGUCGGAGCAUCUCUAUUCAGUUGCCCAAUUCAGAUGGUCUCCGCCAUUGACCGUGCCACGGCUGUCCUUCUGCAGAACCAUGAGGUUUGGGUAUUCUCAUCCUAUGGGUACUCGAAGCUGUCGUUCCCUCUGGAAGUUAGCUCGAGAUUCAUUCGAGAUAGCUUCAUGGCAACCAGAUACGACGGAUCCGCCAACCACAUUGUGAAACUGACAAGUGGUGGAAACACAAUAUGUGCUUUGUCCAGCUCUGGUGAUGUCUUCACAGUUCAAGCCAAUCAGUCCGAGAACUCUUCGACGUUGGCUUCUACGACCAAUCCCGCCAAGAUUCGCAAUUCACUGGCCGCACCUGUUCGAGCAUGGUCUGUUAAGAAAUCCCACAUGGCAGCUCGCGAUGUUGAUGUGGGACGAGAUGGUUCUAUCAUCAUUUGCACAACCUCUGGAUCUGCCUGGAGGAAGGAACGCCGGACAAAAAUGAAAGAGGGUGCUUUGAAGGAUUACAAAUUCGCUCGUAUCCCUGGUCUCUCGCGAGCAGUGGCAGUACGCAGCAACGCAUUCGGAGCCUAUGCUGUAGCUCAGCGUGACUGCGACGUCACCAAAGAACAGAUCCACGUUGAGCCCAGUAACCUUUGGGAUGACAUCUUACCUCUGUCUCCAUUCACAACUCCUGAAUUGGAAGACGUGGAUGCGAUUCUGGAGGCAGAUACUGUUCCUGUUGUGCUUUCGUCCGGCAAAAGCAUCCAACGCGCCAUUUUGGCAUCCUCGGACAUUGAGAGUGAAUAUCUGCCUAUCUGGUCUGAGGGGACUGUUUGGAUGACUAGCUCCCUUUCCGAGUCUCGCAUUCCCGUCCAUGAACUUCUUCUGGCUGGUCGCAGUCCAGUUGUCAGAACGGCCCUGGAGGAGUUCAGGCAAUCGUACUAUUCCUCCGUCUCAGAUGUGUUUGAUAUCGAAUACGGGAGGGACGGACACCCCCAGAUACGGAUCCACGGUGUUGAUUUCCUGACCAUCCUGAAUGUGGUCUUUUUCCUCUACACGGAUGGCAUUCUCGAUGUCUGGCACCUGGCAAGGAGCUCGCCCGCAAACGCGACUCGUUACCGACAGGUUCGCACUGAGGUUAUGCGGGUCGCUAUGCAACUAGGCUUGCCCGCCUUGGAACGUGCGGCGAGACUGAUGAUUGAGCCGGAAAGAACUCUGAAAACUGACAUGGCCCAUGCUAUCAAUCACUCUUCGUUCUUCAAUAGCGCGGACGUGGUGGUCCAGCUCAAGGGUGAUACAGUCAAAGUGCACAGCCAAGUUGUAUGCGAGAGAUGUCCAUUCUUUGACGUUCUUUUCAAUGGCCGUGCGGGCGGAAAGUGGAUAGAACUGCGCAGAGCAGACCCUACUCAGAAGGUGCAUGUCGAUUUGAAACACAUCGAUCGUUCCACCUUUGACUUUGUGCUGCGUUAUCUAUACGCGGACAUUGAAGAACGGCUGUUCGAUGAAGUUCGGACGAACGACGUUGACGACUUCAUUGACUUACUGCUGGAUGUCAUGUUUGUGGCAAACGAGCUCAUGAUCGACCGACUGUCUCAAAUUUGUCAGAAGAUGCUCGGUCGUUUUGUUACCACUCGCAACGUGUGCUAUCUUCUUAACUCUGUCAUCCCUUGCUACGUUACCGAGUUCAAGGAUGCUGCUUUGGAAUAUAUCUGCCUCAACAUGGAGGCUAUGUUGGCCAACAGAUAUCUUCACGAUUUGGACGAUAUUCUCCUCUGCGAGUUGGAUUUGAUCUGCCAUGAGAACCAACUAUCUUGCUGGCCCAUUUCCCGUGGACGGAAUUCCGAAGAUUAUAUCUUCGAGAAAUAUCCUGAGAUUGUCAGUUCCGUUGAGACAGACAAGCAGCGACGAAUCGAUGCCAUGGCUUUGCAGACUCGCCUUGAUCGUCUUGAAUCAUAUGACGUUCGACCUCGACAGGCACUUGAGAAGAUUGCUGCGUCCCCAUCAACACGCAAGGGAAAGAACGCUCUCCCUAAAGCGUCACCAAAAGCUAGCAACAGCCCGAUGCUCAAGCCGAAGCAAUCAACGAGCGAUCUUAUGUUCCAGAUGGAUGACGAAGGUCUUAUGACACCCGACCCGAAGGGCAAGGGGGCCAUGCGUGGAGUCAAGUUUAGAGAAGGCAUCCCCGAAGAUAGAUCAUACCCUGAUUCCCCGGCAUUGGGAGCAAGCCUACCAGAAGCCAUGUCACUAGGCGAGGGCAAUUUCUUGGAUGAUCAAAUGGCUUCGCCACAAGACAUGUCCCUUACGCAGUCUCCAUCUGAGUCUAGGACUAUUGCACUCAAUCAGAAGCGAGCUGGGCCAUCAUCCGGCCCUUCAUCCGCGCCAUGGAGUCCACCUACUAUUUCCGGCUCCAAGAAGGAUCUCAAAGACAUCAUGGGCGAAACAUCACAGUCUCGGGUAUCAAACCUUACCUUGGGGAUGGCAGAUCGACGUGAAAGCAGUGGCAAUUUCACCCCGAAAAUUUCUCAAAAGGAGAGAAAAAAGAUGCAACAGCGGCAGGCACAAGAGCAGCUGGCUGCACAGCAGAAGGCGAAAGACGCACCCUCAAACCCAUGGCAAAAGCCAGCACCCCCUCCGACAGCAACACCAGCCAAGCUCGAUCCUCUACCAGGCCAAAGCGCUCAAUCUCCAGAGCCAGCUAAAUCAGCCCAGAAAUCCAUGACAAUGCGACAGACUGUAGCCGGCACACCUCCACCAAAGUCAAAACCAAUUGCAACCCCCGUGCAAAACCAACGCCGCAGUAUCUCAACCAGCUUACAGCCUCCCUCCCACUCUAAACCCUCCCCAUCGGGACCUUCUCUAUCCCAAAAUGUUACAUCACCCCAACCAGCAAUCCAAUCAAUCCGCCACAUCCCCCGUCCCGAUCUCACAGGAUCCCAUUCCCCAUCCUCAGGUUCCUUCUCCCUAUCAACAAUCCUGCUCCAGCAACAAAGUGAAAAGGAAGCAAUCCGCGAAGCAGCCACAGCAAAGCACAACAUGCAAGAAAUCCAAGCCGAGCAAGAAUUCCAGCAAUGGUGGGACCAGGAAAGCAAGCGUGUCCAGGGACUAAUGGACCCCGAGCCAACUGAGCCUCGUUCCGGCAAGAGUGGACGUGGCGGUAAAGCAUCUGGUACUCCGCGCAAGCGUCGCGGUCCCAAGAAUCCCACUGGCGAUGGGCCUGGUACACCAGAUCCGAAGCGUCCCUCCGUUUCGGGAACUGGUCAUUCUACUCCCAAGACGGGUGCAAAUGGUCCUGCUCCUGCUCAGCCGCAAGAAGUUCCUAAUGGCAAUCGUGCUGGUGGUGGUGCUGGAGGUUUUAAUACCAAUUCUCGUCGUGGAGGGCAGGGCGGCCGUGGUAAGGGGAAGGAUCGUGGUUAA